AAAAUAUUGUUAACAUUUGGCUACUAAACCAUAAAAACAGUGAUCUAAAGCUCUAUUCCUGACACAAUCACUUGAAAUAAUUGGUCAUCACAUUUUUAAUCGUUUAGUAGAAGGUCACAUGUAUUCUGAAAAUUCAAAAAGUGUAUCAGCUAUCGCGGUUGGAUAUCAGUUGAACUGCUUUCAUUAAUCGUCUUUUAAAAUGAAUGCUGAUAAAGAAGACCCACCAUAUCCGAAGUCUUCAGACCAUGAUGGUUUUCCGAAACCAUAUUCCCCUCAAAAUCCUGAUACGGUAGUCGUGGAGCAACCUUGUCCGAUAAUCACCGAUGCAAAUUUUGUUCCUGGACCAGAUCCAGUAAAUACUGUGUGUCCAUACUGUCAUAAAGAUGUUACAACUCUUGUGACCUACAAAAUAGGAAUAUUAACAUGGGCGGGAUGUUUUGGAAUUUUUCUAGUUGGAAGUAUUGUAACCAUUGAGGACAACGAGUCCAUUUCACAAAACUAUUGCAUGGAAAAAUAUGAAAAUACAUUCAUUUAAAUAUCUAACUAUUUGAAUAUUGACAUAAUUUUGCAACUAGUCAACUUUUGUUGGUUGAAAUUUCUAUGAUCAGUCACUUUUUUAUGAUUUAAUGAAGGAUUCGGUUAAAAACUUUCUAUCACAUGUGGAAUAUUCGGUUGUUGUCUUAUACCAUUCUGUUGCGAUUCCUGUAAAGACGCUGAUCAUCGUUGUCCAGUAUGCAAUCGUGAUUUAGGUUUAUACCGUCGCUGCUAGAAUCAAUCAUAAAGUAAAAUCAAGUUUAUCAGUCAAUCUUCGUUGACAUUACUUUUUUAUGCAGAUGAUAUUAACAUUCAGAAAAUUUUAUUCAAUACAUUAUCUCUGGUGGUAAAGAUUUCAUUUCACUUAAUAACGAAGGAAUUAAAGGGGGAUUGAAUGUUGAAUUUAAUCAUAGUCAUUAAAAUUACAAUAAAAUUUUCAUUUUCUUGGUAUUUUCAUGAAACAUAAAAAGGUACCUCCAGAAGAACCCUUCCACGGUGUGGGCAACCGGGAAUUGAUAACCGUCCUCAUACCUCUAACAGUACUCAAGACCACUGACUGACCCUCGAUUACUCACUGAAUGACAUCAAGUACUUCGACACACAGUCCUCCUUGGGAUCAAGUAUGUCACAUAAUUCAGCUCAACCAUAAUCUAAAAUUCACUUUUUGGUUAUCUAAUAAUCAUUUACAUUGAUUUCAAACAUCUCAGGAACUUAAUGUGACCAAUUUUCACUUGGUUAAUGAUAACAUAUACGUUAUCUAUCAGUUCACAUAUCUACUUGAUAAACUCAAUGCCGUCGCUCCAUUUUGUUUUGACCUUGUUCUUUGAAUGAACAAAAAUUAAGCAGAUCUAUUAAAAUACGUAUUCAAAGACCAUACACUGAAUUCAGAUAAAUUGAUUUGAAUAAGACACUUUCAGCAGUAAGAAAAUAUCACAAAUUUUCCAGACAAGGAAGUCAUAUUUGGGGAUGCUUGGGCAUCAUCACACAAAAUAUUUUUGCCUAACUGGCUCUUGAAUCACCUGAAAACCAGUGAAUAUUGCAUACAUGAUUCAUUCGGGAUUGGUGCUUAUCAGCAAUUCAUAAAACAUGCUUGUAGAAGUUUGAUUUACCAAAACAUUUUUUUCUAGAAAGUUUCCCAAUAGAUUAGUUUAUUUUGUUUGUGAUAAGAAAUCUAUCUCUACGCGAUUUCAAGACAAAUAUGGUU